GAAAAUAAACAAACCUUGAAUCCGUUCCUGUACAGCCUGAAAAUGGCGGCCCCGGCAGCCGGGUCUCCACGCAGGCUGGUCCAGUAUGUUGUUGUCCGGUCGGAUCUGGUUCACAAGCUGUCCUGGCCCCUGGGGGCCGUUAUAACUCAGGCCUGUCAUGCUGCCACCGCCGCCAUUCACCUUCACUACGAAGACCCGGACACGCAGCAGUACCUGGCAGAGCUGGACUCCAUGCAUAAAGUGGUACUCGGGGCUCCAGAUGAGGCCGCUCUCUCUGGCCUGUCAGAGAGCCUCACACAGGCUGGGGUGGCCCACAAGCUCUGGAUCGAACAACCGGAGAACAUCCCCACCUGCUUGGCUCUGAAGCCUUGUCCAAAAGAGACUGUCCAGCCACUGCUGCGCAAGUUCAAACUCUUCAAAUGACCUCCCUGAAAGACGCCGUCCACACAUGGACUGCAGCGCGGCGGCGGCGGUGGCGAGGAAGAAGCCGCAGAGGCGCUUGAGUUUCAUCUAUAAAAGGACAUGUCAAAGUUGUGCUCUUCUUCUUCUUCUCAGUGCAUCCAAUGUCCACGAUUAAAGUUGGAAAAUACGAAGUUCA